UCUCUCUCUCUCUCUCUGCCUCGCAAUUUGCAUUUCUUUCAUCCGACAGACGAAGCAGAGUCCCUGGGCGGCUUUGGUGCAGAGCUUGCCUCCGAAACAGCCGAGCGAGCCCUCAAGAGCUUCAGAGAGGCCAUGGAGGUCGAUUGGGAUCUGCAUGCGGUGGUCAGAGGCUGCAUAACCUCCUCCUCCGCCGCUGCCGCCGCGUCAUCGGUGAGGGAGCAUCGCCUUGAACCCGCUUCCUGCGCUCCCUUCUCCGCAGUGGAAGGUUCAGAUUCGGUGCCCUUCGAGACCAGGAAAGGCGUCUUUCUGGAGGAGCUCCACGAGCUUUACAAGCCCUUCUUGCCCCCAUAUGAACCUCUGCUCUCGCAUCGCAACAACCCCGUCUCAUCUCCUCUUGCAGUUGAAGGCGCGAAGGGCUCCUCGAGUGCUAAUCUGAUGCAAAAGAGGCCAUUUCAGAGUGCUUCUGCAAUUGCUCCUCCGCCUCCGUUCAAAGCAAGCUCUCACGCUCCCAGAUCCAAGAAAAGGAAGAGCCAGAUGAAGGUGGUUCGUCAAGUUCCUGCAGAGAAAGUCUCUUCGGACGAGUGGGCUUGGCGGAAAUACGGUCAAAAACCCAUCAAAGGCUCUCCAUAUCCAAGGAGCUAUUACAGAUGCAGUAGCUCCAAGGGGUGCUUGGCCCGGAAGCAAGUAGAGCGGAACAGAUCCGACCCGGAAAUCUUCAUAGUCACCUACACGUCGGAGCACAACCAUCCUGCACCAACGCACCGGAGCUCACUCGCCGGCUCUACGCGCCCCAAGACCUUGACGCCCGAAACCGAGGUCAGCGUUGACUCCGCUGCAACUGCGACUACAAACCCAGUAACUUCAGCCGAAGAAGAGGCGGUGCUUGCUCCACAAAGCACCAGCAGUGAAAGCGGAGAAGAGAAGGAAGACAGUCAAAGCAGUGGCAUGCUGGACAACGACGGAGAAGACGAGUCUGGGUCGUCUGGUGUGGCUGUCAGCGACGAUUUCUUCGCGGGUCUGGAGGGACUAUUAGGUUCUCACGAUGGAGAUUCAUUUCCGGAUCUGUCUCAGUCAUGGUUUGGCUUUUCUUGGUCAGCCGGCGAUGCAGUCACUGCCGGCGGCCGUAGCUGACCUGCAAGAAGUCUCUUGUUCUCUAUUUUAAUCUUUUUUUUUUGUUCUUGUCGUGCUCUGUAGAGAAAAGCUGAGUGCUGAACUGUGAUGUAGGAAACUUGCUCUGUUUUGUAAAAUGAUUUCAUUAGGCUUGAAGGGAGAAGUUGUCUU